AUGUUCGGGACGCUCUCGGAGGCGACGCAGGAGAUCCUCGACUCGCUCGCCGUGACGCUCAACGCGCUCAAAGUGAGCCACGCGAUGCUGCCCGAGAAGCGCACCGAUGUCUUCAUCGUGCUGCCGACACCCAACAUUGGCAUCAAGUUUCGCAACCUCGCGUCGUCGCCGCAGCUCGAGAUCAAGAUUGCCAAGGCGAUCGAUGACGUCUGCGGCGCACAGACGUGGCUCAAGAAGCGGCUCCCGGCCGCGACCGUCGACAUGGACUCGGACGACGCCGUGAAACAGGCGGUCGUCGGCAGCGGCAUCGAGGAGCUCGAGCAAGUCGAGCUCAAGCUGCCCAUGCAGCGUCUGCGUCUCCAGAAGGACCGGCACCUCUGGCGCCUCGCCAUGACGUCCCAGAACGUCCAGGUGGAGAUUUCGACGUUUGACGUGGCGCUGGACGCGCGGCCCGUGCACAAGGACGUUUACUUUACCAUUUGCGUCGAGUCCAAGAGCAUCGACGCGCUCGUCGAGUGCGUCGUCAAGCUCGCGCUGGGCGAGAUGCUCGAGCCGUACGCGAUGCAAAACAUCUUUGUCGUCGAGAGCAUCAACGUCAAGACGCCGGGUGCGCGGGCGCCGCCGUCGCCCAAGAAGAAGGCAGUGAUCGACCCGCCGGGCACGAUGGUGCCGCCGUCCUCGUCGCCCGCGGCCAUGGACCCCAAGCUCUCGCCCGUCAAGCGCAAGCUCAUCUCGAUCGCACCGCGGCUCCGGCUCAUGGAGAUGGGCUACUCGGCCUUUGUCUGCAACGUCGUGCAGGUCGCCAUGCACUAA